UGGAAUCUUGUUGAGAUACUAAAUCAAUUCAUGAUAAAGAUUAUCCUUUACGAACGAAUAGCCAUUCUAACAACCUCUCUUCGAAUCAACUAAAUUAUUCAAUUGAAGAAUCUUGGUGCUUUAAAGACUUUCUAGUGGAUUUGAGCUCAGAAUAUAAGAGACUAAGAGCAAUAGAAAAGGACCUUUAAGUAUUUAUUCAGAAUUAUUACUCUUUACGAACGACUGAAAGCUAACUGCCACUCCUUAAGAAUAAACCAAAUACAACAAGAGAUACUUUAUGAAAGAGAUAGAAUGAAUCAGACUGACUGGGAUGACUUUAUCACUCUGAACCCAGCUAUUUCCAAGAGAGCUGAGCAUGUGCAAGAUACCAUUGUUGAACUUCUUAGGGAAUGUCAAUCCUUGCUCUCAGAUGGUCCAAAUAAAAAGAAAAAGUCUCUCAGAAAGAAACAUACUAAGAGAGGGAGGAAGACAGUCCUUAAAAGCAUCCAUUUAAAGACCCUUCCUUAUAAGACCUCGAAAGAUAGGGAUAAAUAUAAGUAAGAAGUUCACUCCAAUUGAGAAUCAAGCUUUGGAACAAGCCAUUGAAUUUAAUAGUCAAGUGUGGUCAGCUGUACAUAAAAACAUGAAAAGUCCCAAUACUACUGGAGAAGAUGAAUAUUUCAGGUCUGAAGAUAGUCUGCUUAUUAAUUGUGCAGAUAACACAAAUCAACGCCUCCUAAAGAGGUUAAAGGGAAUUAAUCUUACAAUUCUUAACGAGGUAGAGUUAUGAAACAUCUCUGAAGACAAUCUGAAAGAUGCAAAAUCAGUUCUAAAUAAUUUGAUCCCGAUGAAAGUUAACGAGUUAUCACUUAGGGCUUGGGGUCAAAUUCAAAUUAGUCCCUAUAUGACUGAAAUUAUUCGAGGAAGCUCGAGAACCCAGACAAGGUUGACACUUGAGCGUUUUAGAAUAAAUCAUCUCCAAGUCGUUAAAAUUUUUGCAGCGUGAAAACAUCUGAAAGCGAUAAAGUUAUGACUAUGUGAGGUCACUUUGAAGAAGUUUCCCGAUUUUUCUAAGGCACUGCAAGGAACUUCUAUUCAGACAUUAUCUUUGGUGGAUAUAACUUGAGUACUUUUAAUAUUCAAGCCAGGAAGAAGAUACCGAACGGGUCUUGAAGCAUUUCUCAAUUGUCUUUCUAGAUCAGAUCUCAAGAACUCUUUGCAAAGUAUUUGCUUUGGACAAAUGUUCAAAGAUUCAAGUUAUGUCUAUUCUAUAGUUGAUUCCAGUGGUUUUGGCCAUGUUGAGCUCUACGGUCGGUUUAGGCAUUAGGACAGUUCAAAGACCUCAGAAACAAGCAGAUAUUAAAGAUAUGAAUUGUAUGGACCAAUUUCA